AUUUACUUAGAACAAAAUUUGGAUCACUGAGUAGUUCAUUUUCAUUUUCACAACCAUUUCAUCAACAAUUAAUAUGAAGCUACUGUCAAAAAGAGGAAACCAGAAGACUUCAGACAUUUUUGUAUAAUACCACCGGCUGGAAGGACCGUGCAGAAGACGGAAAUAUCUGCUUAAUCUGAAGAAAUAUCACAGCAAACCUGGAUGUUUAGGGAUCCUCAGAACAUCCAGAGAAGGAUGUAAGGGCCUCUGAGGAAAAGAUAAAGCAGGGGAUGAAGCUGUUUUAAAGGAGAAAUGUCAGCCUAUCAAUCACUUGGAAAAACCAUGUGGGGCGAGAUGGAUGGGAGGAAGAAGGGAGGAGACGAUGUAACCUUCUAUGCACCUUCAGAUAACGGCAGGAGAUCGGAACUCAGAAUCAUCCUUGUUGGCAAAACUGGAGCUGGGAAAAGUGCAACAGGAAACUCCAUCCUUGACAAAAGAAAGUUUGAGUCUAAACUCGGGACAAAGUCAGUAACUCUGACUUGUACAAAAGGGCAAAGAAGCUGGAAUGGGAAAGAGCUUGUGGUUAUUGACACACCUGCCAUUUUUGACGGAAAGGUUUGCGAGACUGUAACUCAUAGAGAGAUUGUUCGUUGUAUCGCGCUCUCUGCCCCUGGCCCCCACGCUCUGCUGCUGGUGACCCAGCUGGGCCGUUACACUGAGGAAGACAAGGAAGCAGUGAAGCGAAUACAGGAGAUUUUUGGAGUUGAAGCCAUGAGGCACAUGAUUGUCCUGUUCACCCGGAAAGAAGAUUUAGGGGUUGGCUCACUGCGUGACUAUGUGAGAUACUCAGAUAAUAAAGAUCUUAAGGGGCUGAUUCAGAAGUGUGGGAACCGAUAUUGUGCUUUCAAUAACAAAGCAACUGGAGCAGAACAGGCUGAACAGGUUUCUGAGCUGAUUGAAAUGAUCCAGAGAAUGGUUCAGGAAAAUGGGGGCGGGUGUUAUGUCAAUGAGAUGUAUUUGGAAUCUAAUUUAACUGAACAAAAAGUGAGAGCUUAUACUGAAAUAAAUAAAAGAAUCAGGGUGAACACUCUUUUUAUGAAGCAUAGGAAAGUUAUUUUGGUCUUUGGGGUUGCUGCAGUAGUUAUUAUUGUAUUUUUCCUGACCUACCUUGUUGCUAAUAGUCAUUAAUAAAGUCUCAUUACAACCUAAUCUUGCUGCAUCCCAAACCCUGCAUCUCAGCUUCUCAGGCACCUUCACCCUUAUGCCAGUGCAGCACAUUCAGACAAUAUGAAUAAAGCUAUCAGCAUUUGUUCUUUAUUAACAAUAUAUAUUAAAUAAUUUAAAUAUGCUGAGCCAGUUUCUACACUCAGUUACUCUGGAUUUAGAAUGGUUUAACUCCAUUAACUAAAGAGCAACCGUAUGGAUUUACAGUCCUGUAUCAGCUCUCAGCCUGCAUUUGUAUGGAGUGUCUCCAUUAGCUUCACUGGAAUACUCUGCAUUUACAGCCAGGUCACUGAGAGACAAAUUAGGCCCUUCGGCUAGUGCUGAGAGAUCUGUUCAACUUUCAUGUCAACUUAUAGUAACUCAAACUGCAACAUCAAACAUGGCAGUCAUUUAACUAAAAACAAAAUCUCAGACACAGGGCAAAGUUCAGACCAGGUGCAAGUUGGUGAAACUCUAUUGACUGUACUGGAGUUACACCAAGGAUUAACCUGGCCCCAUUGCUGAAGCUUCUUUUGAUAUUUUGAAAAGCAAACUUUAAAACCCACCAAAGAUGUGACUAGGAAACAUGGUGAUAUGUAGCAUUGUUUUUUGUCUUUUCUUUAAGAUAUCCUGUCAACGCUCUUAAGUGCUUAAAUCCCAUUUGAAAAUGAGACUUAUGCUCUUAUACCAGUUAGGCAUUGCAAUGCUGAGUGCAACAAGGCCUAAAUACCUUUAAAAGUCUAGCCCUGUGUCUACAAGGAAAAUUAACCUUACAGAAUCAGCCUUGGUUUUUCACACUGUUAAAAGUUACAAUGCUAAGAUUAAGUUACUUUAGCUUACUUACAAAUCUGUGAUUGUUAAAUUAAUUUCUCCAAACAAACCCAGGCUGUGAGGCUAAGAGUCUCUCAAUCCCAACUGGCAAAGGGUCAUUGUCCUAUAACAGCAACUCCCAUCUGUCCUGUCCGCCACAUGGCUGUCAGGGUAUAUAUCUGUAAAGAAGGUCAUGUGAGCAUCAAAUGAAAGCUUAUAUCCUACUGGUUAUUCUAAGCAUUGCAUGAUGUAUGUACAGGAAAUAAUUAAGUUGUAUGUACUAAAAUAUGUUCAAAACACAGGGUUUGAUAAACAGGGUUGAUAAACAAGUCUUUCCCCAGCAAAGGAAUGUUGAUGUACCUCUCUGCCUAGGUCUCUGAUGUAAGUCAAGUAUUGUGAAGCCAAAGACAAUGAGAGGUCUAUUUGCAUCUGAGGUAAACAGGAAGGUUAUGUUAGUUUGAGGAUGAAGAAAGCACCAUGGUGUUGCACACCAGAGAAUGAGCAGCUGGGGGGGAACCCUUUCUCUGAGGGGUACACUGGGAAAAGAAUCCAUUUCAAAGGUUUAUUGGAUAAUAAGAAGGAGGAAGAAAAACUCCUUGGUUAUCCUUCACUGAGGAAGCCAAAAGGACAGUGUUUUUUGCAUUCAUGAAAGUUGGAUCUUGGCCAUGUGAGCAAGUGACUUUAGGUGAGAAACUGCUUUACAUAAGAUUAACUUGCUGAAGUUAAGUCCUAGUCUUGUAGAAGCGGGUUCUCUUUUUGCUUUAUUUGUAACCAAUUAUUUCCAUUAUCCUUACGCUGUAUCACUUAAAUCUCUAGCUUUGUUAAUAAACUUCUUGUUU